AUGAACCAGAAUCCCAACAUAGUGGAGUCUAUUGUUUAGACAUGUAGCUAGCUAGCUAAACAAUGAACCUGAAUCCCAACAUAGUGGAGUCUAUUGUUUAGACAUGUAGCUAGCUAGCUAAACAAUGAACCGGCAUAACCCCAACUCAUAGAAACAUUGCCAUAGCUGUAGUAUGAAUCUGCAGGUAGCUAAAGCUAACAAACUAGGUUCAAUGUUAACUAGCUAACAUUAGGCUAUAACUAGCAAUGCAAAUGGUCUUCUGAUUCGAAUAAUAUAACUACACAGAUCAUACACGUAACGUUAGCUAGCGAGCAGCAAGCUAACGUUUGCUAGCUAAAUAACAGUAUGCUUUAACUUGCAAUAAAAACUACUUUCUGACUAAAUUAGAAACUUAUAUCUGGAAAAUGUAGCUAGACUCUUGCCCGUAUACACGACAGACUGGAACAAUUUAACUCAGUUUUGUUUGUAGCUACGUCUUGUUUGGCCAGCGUUGUGUCAAGUCACUCUGGUACACACUGACAGUGGCGUGUGGAAAAAGUAGCCUGUCACUUUUUCCUACUGAUCUGUCGAUAGCGCCUGCUAAAUUCAUGGCAUCAAUGUUGUUGAGAACUUUUGUAGUUUUCGAUGGCUAACGUUAUAUCGUUCAAAAACGGCGCGGUAGAAAGGACUGUCAACACAUCCUGAGCAGCUCACGUUACAGACAGAAGCGCGCUACAUGGCAGACCAAUCCAAACUCAUCUCCCGGCAUGUCCAGCCCAUACAUUGUCUUUUUCCAUGGCUAAACCAAGUAGGCUCGUAAUUUAACAAUUUUAUUCGUAUUUAUGGAUGGAAUAUAGUAAAGAUAUGAUCAAUACAUGUUGAUGAUUCCAUUCCUGUGCUGUUUGUAACUACCCUGGUAGGUUGACUGAUAACCUGAACCAGGUUGCAGGCACUAGUUACAGUUUGAAGCUUUUUCUUGAGUGGGCAGCUUGAUGAAAGCUUAAAUAAUAUACUUCUCUGUUGAUAUAAAAUAAAAUUGUAUUUUUCACAUGCGCCGAAUACAACAGGUGUAGACAUUACCGUGAAAUGCGUACUUACAAGCCCUUAACCAACAAUGCAGUUCAAGAAAGAGUUAAGAAAAUAUUUACUAAAUAAACUAAGGUAAAAAAUAAUAACAAAUGAACACAAUAAUAUUAUAACAUAACAAUAACAUUAUCAAUAUUUCACACAUUUACUGGAAUGUGGCUCUGAAUGUAGACCGCAUCACCGCCCCCAUUGGCAUUUUGUAUUUUCUGUAUAUGUUAUAACCUUGUAUUGCUACCACUGUAUCAUCAAAGGUAUUAUCUAAGUGAAUUUCAGAGAUUGUCAGAAUAUGAAUGUCAUCUGUUACUAGAAAGUUAUUGAUUUCAUUAACCUUGUUUCUUAGGCUACAUAUGUUUAUCUGUGCUCUUUAUAGCACUUUUCAUCUCCCUCAAUGGCCACACCUCAGACUCGAUUGAAUACAAUAUCCUCUUUUUGACCCCCCCCCCCCCCCCCUUUACCUCUCAGACCUUCUUCUCCCCCAGAGCUUCGGCGACAGGGCCUUCUCCAGGGUUGCUGCUAUGCUCCCUCUCCAGGGUUGCUGCUAUGCUCCCUCUCCAGGGUUGCUGCUAUGCUCCCUCUCCAGGGUUGCUGCUAUGCUCCCUCUCCAGGGUUGCUGCUAUGCUCCCUCUCCAGGGUUGCCCCUAUGCUCCCUCUCCAGGGUUGCUGCUAUGCUCCCUCUCCAGGGUUGCUGCUAUGCUCCCUCUCCAGGGUUGCUGCUAUGCUCCCUCUCCAGGGUUGCUGCUAUGCUCCCUCUCCAGGGUUGCCCCUAUGCUCCCUCUCCAGGGUUGCUGCUAUGCUCCCUCUCCAGGGUUGCCCCUAUGCUCCCUCUCCAGGGUUGCCCCUAUGCUCCCUCUCCAGGGUUGCUGCUAUGCUCCCUCUCCAGGGUUGCUGCUAUGCUCCCUCUCCAGGGUUGCCCCUAUGCUCCCUCUCCAGGGUUGCCCCUAUGCUCCCUCUCCAGGGUUGCCCCUAUGCUCCCUCUCCAGGGUUGCUGCUAUGCUCCCUCUCCAGGGUUGCUGCUAUGCUCCCUCUCCAGGGUUGCUGCUAUGCUCCCUCUCCAGGGUUGCUGCUAUGCUCCCUCUCCAGGGUUGCCCCUAUGCUCCCUCUCCAGGGUUGCCCCUAUGCUCCCUCUCCAGGGUUGCCCCUAUGCUCCCUCUCCAGGGUUGCUGCUAUGCUCCCUCUCCAGGGUUGCCCCUAUGCUCCCUCUCCAGGGUUGCCCCUAUGCUCCCUCUCCAGGGUUGCCCCUAUGCUCCCUCUCCAGGGUUGCUGCUAUGCUCCCUCUCCAGGGUUGCCCCUAUGCUCCCUCUCCAGGGUUGCCCCUAUGCUCCCUCUCCAGGGUUGCCCCUAUGCUCCCUCUCCAGGGUUGCUGCUAUGCUCCCUCUCCAGGGUUGCCCCUAUGCUCCCUCUCCAGGGUUGCCCCUAUGCUCCCUCUCCAGGGUUGCCCCUAUGCUCCCUCUCCAGGGUUGCCCCUAUGCUCCCUCUCCAGGGUUGCCCCUAUGCUCCCUCUCCAGGGUUGCCCCUAUGCUCCCUCCAGCCAUCUGUGACUCUGAGUCCAUCACUAUCUUUCAGUCCCUCCUAAAGCCCCGCCUCUUUGACAAGGCCUAACUAGCUCCUGUAUAAAAACGGAUCUAACUGAUGGGAUCAACAAGCGACAACAGUUUAAUCACAAAUUCUAAAUGGACUGGUUGAUUGAAGUAGGAAAAUAUGUCCCAACAGCGAGCUGCAAUUUUGGAAUAAUUGCGUCAUGUCUAUUUUCCGCUUAAGCUAACUGCUAAGUGCCAUUUAGAAUUGGUUAGUCGAGGGUAUAACCCCCCCUAAACAUAGACGGGUGUCUUUGAUAAGACAAAAAGCUUAUUUUCAUCAGAAUCAUUACAGGCCCCUACCAAAGGGCCCUAUUUUUACGUAAUUCCUGUCAGGAACGGUCCUUUAGGUUCCACCUCAGAAGAACGCAGGCUGCUAUUACAUAUUCACAAGAAAUGACGCAGUCUUGUCCCAUCGCUGCAACUCCCUUAUGGACUCGGGAGAGGAGAAGGCUGAGAGCCAUCUGUCCUCCGAAACACGACCCUGCCAAGCCGAACUGCUUCUUGACACACUGCUCGCUUAACCCGGAAGCGAGCUGCACCAACGUGUCGGAGGAAACACCGUCCAGCUGCAGGCGCUCGGCCCGCCUCAAGGAGUCGCUAGAACGCAAUGGGACAAGGAAAUCCCGGCCGGCCAAACCCUCCCCUAACCCGGACUGCGCUGGGCCAAUUGUGCGCCGCCUCAUGGGUCUCCCGGUCACGGCCGGCUGUGACACAGCCUGGGAUCGAACCCGGGUCUGUAGUGACGCCUCAAGCACUGCGAUGCAGUGCCUUAGACCGCUGCGCCACUCGGGAGGCCGCUGAUGUAGUUUUUUUGCUUGAUGUGUAGGGUCUGUUCUCUAUGCUGACAAUUUGUGCGAAAAUCAGCCCGUAUCAUUGUCACCGGCUUGUUCUAUCUGAACGGUGCCGUCCCCUCCUGUCUCACCGUUUCAUUUGGUGGUGACAGCGGUCACCGUUCUGGCUAUUUUGCGCUUAGGCCUUGGAUGUGUAGGCUGAGGCUCAGAAUCAGAAGAAUAAUCAUCAGAGAUGUCACAAUUCAUUGCUUGGAUUUAGUGGAUUGAUGUAGUGACCAUUUUGAGAUUAUAAUUAGAAUAGAUCAAUACAGUAGAAUGGCCCGCACUGUUCUUCAUUCACAAUUGGUUAUGACAUAAUUAUGCAUCGUUCGCUUCGCUCAUCAACUCACCCUACCGCCCCCAUCAUACUUUACUUAAUUUAUGUCAUCUGUUAUAUGUGUGAAAUUAGUUUCGGUAUAGUUAGAGUGAUUAUCAACUGGGCACGGCACCUACUGUCGGGAAAAUGAGGGGCAACGGGGGAAAACCGAAGACUAAAACUGGUUAUAACUCUAGUUCUGUUUGUGAUAUUAAGAUUCUAACACUGACAGGGUGUUAUAUAGACUUAUUUAGGAGGAGUCAAGGACGGAGGGGGACAUGACUUUUAAAAUGGCAGAGUAAUACCUGUCUGUCUGUUAACCUGUAUGUCUGUCUGUUGACCCAUCUCUGUUAACCUGUAUGUCUGUCUGUUGACCCAUCUCUGUAAACCUGUAUGUCUGUUAACCCAUCUUUGUUAACCUGUAUGUCUGUCUGUUAACCCAUCUCUGUUAACCUGUAUGUCUGUUAACCCAUCUCUGUUAACCUGUAUGUCUGUCUGUUAACCCAUCUCUGUUAACCUGUCUGUCUGUCUGUUAACCCAUCUCUGUUAACCUGUCUGUCUGUUAACCCAUCUCUGUUAACCUGUCUGUCUGUUAACCCAUCUCUGUUAACCUGUAUGUCUGUUAACCCAUCUCUGUUAACCUGUAUGUCUGUUAACCCAUCUCCGUUAACCUGUAUGUCUGUUAACCCAUCUCUGUUAACCUGUAUGUCUGUUAACCCAUCUAUGUUAACCUGUAUGUCUGUUAACCCAUCUCUGUUAACCUGUAUGUCUGUCUUUUUCUCUGUCUGUUAACCUGUAUGUCUGUUAACCUCACUCUGUUAACCUGUAUGUCUGUUAACCCAUCUCUGUUAACCUGUAUGUCUGUCUUUCUCUCUGUCUGUUAACCUGUAUGUCUGUUAACCUGUAUGUCUGUUAACCCAUCUCUGUUAACCUGUAUGUCUGUUAACCCAUCUCUGUUAACCUGUAUGUCUGUCUUUCUCUCUGUCUGUUAACCUGUCUGUUAACAUGUCUAUCUGUUUACUUGUCUCUCCUCUCCUCAGAUUACCUUUCUGUCUGUUAACCUGUCUGUUAACCUGUCUGUUUCUCUCUCCUCAGAUUGCCUUCUCUCAGCACAGUAACUUCAUGGAUCUGGUGCAGUUCUUCGUCACAUUCUUCAGGUGAGCGCCUCCUCUUCUUCCUCCUGUUCAUCAUCCUCUUCUCCUCAUCCUCCUCCUCUUCAUCCUCCUCCUCCUCUUCAUCCUCCUCCUCUUCCUCUCUCUGUUACUAUGGAUACCUACAGCCUAACACCACUCUGUGUGUAGCCAUGGUGAUGGAUAGCCAAACUCUGGGUGGCCUACCUGAGGGUAAACAGGAAACAGGAACAUCAUGGUGUGGGGGUUGUUGGUAGAGUGCUGUAAUGUGUUAUCGAUCUCGGAACAGACCAACACCAGCAAUAUAGAGGGUGUGUGGUGCCUGGAAGUCACACGUGUGCUAGAGAGACAGUGUUUAAUUGUGUCUUAAGGUCAAUUUAUACCUGGCCGACUCAGAAGAGUUAAGUACCUAUGCUUAUAUGUGAAUUCAGUUCGGAGGUUGCCGGCAGUGUGUUGGUUGAAAUUCUCUCAGGUCUCGUCCGGUCUUGUUGGUUCAACCUCGUAUGACACUAGCAAAUCACCACAGAGCGCGGGGGUGUCCCCAAAGCAUAUCUUUGGUCCCAUGUGGGGAAAAAUAUCAUCUCAGUAUGGAUGUAUCAUCUCAUCAGCUGGUAUGUUUUUUUCCUGUGACAGGUACAUUUGCUGCAGCAUAGACUAUAAACACAACGAGAGUGAUGGAACAGAUCAGAACGUUUAGCUUAAAAUGUUGAUAAACUAUUAUUUCUUCCCAUUAUUAGCGCAGCGACGCGCACGGCAGUACGCACAAAUGUUCCAAAAUGCAAGUAGUGGGAAAACACUGUUCUAAUGCGCACCACACAUGCCAGCGGUUUCAUGACAGAGAUGGAAAUAACUAUCUGUUAAACAAUUAGAAAGAGGGGAGAUCUAAAGAUGCAACAACUAGCACGGGUUGCUAAUAUGACUAGGAAUGGGCCUUUGGCUGCUGAAAGAAAAGUUGAUUUGGAAACCCAAGAGAGCAGAAGAGAAAUGCGGGUUUCAAUGGCAUAUGAGGAAGUGUUUAUGAAGUAAUUCCCUCAAUGUUUCUAUGGUCGUAUUUUCUUCCCUACUUUGAAGCAGGUAAGACAUUUAUCAUUAAUAUGAAGUAAAACGUCCAGGUUUCAAACAAUUUAUGGUUUCAAAUUCUGCCAGAUUGCAAGGUGGUGAUGUGCAGUGCUCAACAGGCACUGGCCUUUCAUCACGACCAUGUGAACGAGUAGCCUAUGUCGCUGGCCUUUCAUCACGACCAUGUGAACGAGUAGCCUAUGUCACUGGCCUUUCAUCACGACCAUGUGAACGAGUAGCCUAUGUCGCUGGCCUUUCAUCACGACCAUGGUGAACGAGUAGCCUAUGUCGCUGGCCUUUCAUCACGACCAUGUGAACGAGUAGCCUAUGUCGCUGGGCCUUUCAUCACGACCAUGUGAACGAGUAGCCUAUGUCGCUGGCCUUUCAUCACGACCAUGUGAACGAGUAGCCUAUGUCGCUGGCCUUUCAUCACGACCAUGUGAACGAGUAGCCUAUGUCGCUGGCCUUUCAUCACGACCAUGUGAACGAGUAGCCUAUGUCGCUGGCCUUUCAUCACGACCAUGUGAACGAGUAGCCUAUGUCGCUGGCCUUUCAUCACGACCAUGUGAACAAGUAGCCUAUGUCGACAGAAUCGAGCCUUAAAGGGCAAUUCCACCACUUUUUAAACCUCAUUAUCUCCAGCACAAUACGGUGUCUAUAUAAACUCAGCAAAAAAAGAAACGUCCCUUUUUCAGGACCCUGUCUUUCAAAGAUAAUUUGUAAAAAUCCAAAUAACUUCACAGAUCUUAAUUGUAAAGGGUUUAAACACUGUUUCCAAUGCUUGUUCAAUGAACCAUAAACAAUUAAUGAACAUGCACCUGUGGAACGGUCGUUAAGACACUAACAGCUUACAGACGGGAGGCAAUUAAGGUCACAGUUAUGAAAACUUAGGACACUAAAGAGGCCUUUCUACUGUCAAAACCUGCAGCGAGUUUCUGUCAAUACUAGUUUCUGUGAUGUCACAGAGAAGCAUUUCAUUUUUUUAACCACUGUUCAUAGGAACAUGCUGUUUUCACAUAUGUAGACACUGGUGUCCCUCUUCUCUCCCCGUCUCCUCUCCCCUCUUCUCUCCCCAUCUCCUCUUCUCUCCCUCUUCUCUCCCCAUCUCCUCUUCUCUCCCUCUUCUCUCCCCAUCUCCUCUUCUCUCCCUCUUCUCUCCCCAUCUCCCUCCUCUCUCCCUCUUCUCUCCCCAUCUCCUCUUCUCUCCCUCUCCUCUCCCCAUCUCCUCUCCUCUCCCUCUUCUCUCCCCAUCUCUCCUCCUCUCUCUCCCUCUUCUCUCCCCAUCUCCUCUCUCUCCCUCUCUCUCCCUCUCCCUCCUCUCUCCCCCUCUCCUCUCCCCCUCUCCCCUCUUUUUCUCCUCUCCUCUCCCUCUUCUCUCCCUCUCCUCUCCCUCUUCUCUCCCCCUCUCCUCUCCCUCUUCUCUCCUCUUCUCAUCCCCCUCUCCUCUCCUCUCCUCUUCUCUCCCUCUUCCUCCCCGCCCCUCUCCCUCCUCUCCCUCUCCCUCUUCUCUCCCUUCCUCUCCCUCUUCCCUCUUCUCUCCCCCUCUCCUCUCCCCUUCUCCUCCCCCCCCUCUCCUCCUCCCCUCUUCUCUCCACUCCCCUCUUCUCUCCCUCUUCUCUCUGCCCCUUCUCUCCCCGUCCUUCUCCUCCCUCUUCUCUCCCCCUCUCCUCUUCUCUCCCCCUUUUUCCCUCCCCCCUCUCCUCUCCCUCUUCUCUCAUCCCCUCCUCUCCCCCUUCUCCCCCCUUCUCUCCUCUCCUCUUCUCCCUCUCCCUCUCCUCUCCCUUUUCUCUCCCCUUCUCUCCCCUCCUCUCCUUCCCCUCUUCUCCCCUCUUCUCUCCCUCCUCCCCUCUCUCCCCUCUCCUCCCCUCUCUCUCCCUCUUUCUCCCCCUUCUCUCUCUUCCUCUCUCUCUCCCCGUUCCUCCCUCUCCCUCUCUCUCCCUCCUUCUCCCUCUCUCUCCCGUCUCCCUCUCCCUCUUCUCUCUCUCCCGUCUCCUCUCCCCUCUUCUCUCCCCUCUCCUCUCCCUCUUCCCUCUCCCCAUCUCCUCUUCUCUCCCUCUUCUCUCCCUCCUCUCUCCCCGUCUCCUCUCCCUCUUCUCUCUCCCCCCUUCUCUCUCCUCCCUCUUCUCUCUCCCUCUUCUCUCCUCUUCUCCCUCCUCUCCUCUCCCCCGUCUCCUCCCCUCUUCUCUCCCUUCUUCCUCUCCCUCUUCUCUCCCCUUUCCCUCUCCCCUCUUCUCGUCUCUCCCCCUCUCUCUCUCCCUCUUCUCUCCCCCAUCUCCUCUUCUCUCCCCCGUCUUGUCUCUCCCCCUCUCCUCUCCCCAUCUCCUCUCUUCUCUCCCCCUGUCUCUCUCCCCCUCUUCUCCCAUCCCCUCUCCCUUCUCUCCCCCCCUCUCCUCUCCCCUCUCUCUCUCUCUCCCCCGUCUCCUCUCCCUCUCUCUCCCCAUCUCCUCUUCUCUCCCCGUUUUUCUCCCUCCCUCUCCUCUCUCUCUCCCUCUUCUCUCUCCCCUCUCCUCUCCCCUCUCCCUCCCCCUCUCCCUCUUCUCUCCCCCGUCUCCUCUUCCUCUCUUCUUCUCUCCCCCUCUUCUCUCUCUCCCUCUUCUCUCUCACUCUCUCUCCUCCCUCCUUCUCUCCCUCUUCUCUCCCUCUCUCCUCUCCUCUACCUCUUCUCUCCUCCCUCUUCUCUCUCCUCUUCUCUCUCUCCGCUUCCUCUCCCUCUUCUCUCUCCCUCUUCUCUCUCCCUCUUCUCACUCCCUCUUCUCUCUCCUUCUCUCCCCCUCGUCUCUUCCUCUUCUCUCCCCCUCUCCUCUUCCUCACCUGUAGUAAGUGGGGUUGGAUGGGUAAAGGUGAUGUGAGAGGGGAGAUUAUGUUCUCUGAGGGCAGGGGAAGGCAAAUAGAUUCAGCCAAGGGCUGAUGGUGGAUGGUAGGGGGGCCGGAACAUAAUUAUAAUAAUUUGUACACUGCAAAUUGACCACAACUGAGCCCAAAAGAGAUUGUAUAUGAAUAUAACAAUAAUUUCAUACCUUGAUUACGUUGAGACACGAUCACAUACAGUGCCUCCAGAAAGUGUUAGUCUGAAUUUUAAAUUGAAUAAAUAGUGGACUGGCCUACACACAGUACAUUUUUACAAUUACUCAUUUUAGUGCAUACAUUUUCAAUACCCCAUAAUCUCAAAGUGGAAUUAUGAGUUUCAAUUUUUUUAAACGAAUUAAUAAAAUAUCUAAAGCUGAAAGGAGUUUGCUUGACAAGUAACAUAAGAAGUUGCAUGUAUUUUUGAAUGACUACCACAUCUCUGUACCCCACACAUACAAUUAUCUGUAAGGUCCCUCAGUCAAGCAGUGAAUUUCUAACACAGUUUCAAGCACAAAGACCAGGGAGGUUUUCCAAUGCCUCACAAAGAAGGGCCCGAUUGGUAGAUGGGGUAAAAAGUAGACACUAAAGUAGACACCGAAUAUCCCUUUGAGCAUGGUGAAGUUAUUAAUGACACUUUGGAUGGUGUAUCAAUACACCCAGUCACUACAAAGAUACAGGCGUCCUUCCUAACUCAGUUGCUGGAGAGGAAGGAAACAGCUCAGGGAUUUCACCAUGAGGCGAAUGGUGACUUUAAAACAGUUACAGAGUUUAAUGGCUGUGAUAGGAGAAAACUGAGGAUGGAUCAACAACAUUGUAGUUACUCCACAAUACUAACCUAAAUGACAGAGUGAAAAGAAGGAAGCCUGUACAGAAUAAAAAUAUUCCAAAACAUGCAUCCUGUUUACAACAAGGCACAAAAAAAGUGUUAUGUUUGCUGCAAAUCCAAUACAACACAUUACUGAGUACCGCUCUCCAUAUUUUAAAGCAUAGUGGUGUCUGCAUCAUGUUAUGGGUAUGCUUGUAAUCGUUAAGGACUGGGGAGUUUUUCAGGAUAAAAAAUAAACGGAAUGGAGCUAAGCACAGGCAAAAUCCUAGAGGAAAACCUGGUUCAGUCUGCUUUCCACCAGACACUGGGAGAUGAAUUCACCUUUCACAGGACAAUAACCUAAAACACAAGGCCAAAUCUACACUGGAGUUGCUCACCAAGAAGACAGUGAAUGUUCCUUUGUGGCCGAGUUAGUUUUGACUGAAAUCUACUUGAAAAUCUAUGGCAAGACCUGAAAGUGGUUGUCUAGCAAUGAUCAACAACCAAUUUGACAGAGCUUGAAGAGUUGUGAAAAUAAUAAAGGGCAAAUGUUGCACAAUCCAGGUGUGGAAAGCUCUUAGAGACUCACCCAGAAAGACUCACAGCUGCAAUCGCUGCCAAAGUUGCUUCAUCAAAGUAUUGACUUGGGUGUGAAUUCUUAUUUAAAUGAGAUAUUUCUGUAUUUCAUUUUCAAUACAUUUGCUAAACUUUCUAAAAACAGGUUUUCACUUCGUCGUUAUGGGGUAUGGUAGAUGGGUGACAAAAUAGUUAUAUUGAAUCCAUGUUGAAUUCAGGCUGUAACAACAAAAUGUGGAAUAAGUCAAGGGGUAUGAAUACUUUCAGAAGACACUAUGUCUAUUUUUUUUAUUCGUGGGACUACAUGGUGAACAGAAAUCUUAAAUAAAACUCAUUUUUAGAUGAAUUCAAUGAGUGUAGUCUUUUUUUGUUUUUUUUUGUUUUUUUUUGCAAAAACUUUCGGGGUCCAAAUAAAAUCACCUGUGGCUGACCCUUGACCCCUGACCCCGGUCUUUCCCAGAGGGGGAAGGAGAGGAAAGAGAGACCAGUAAAGACGCCUAUCUCGAACUCCUCCGCUUCCUGUCUUCUCCCAGCUGCUUCCUGUCUAACUCUUCUUCCUGUCUCUAACUCCUCCUCUUCCUGUCUCCUCCCAGCUGCUUCCUGUCCCUCCUCCUGGUGGCGGCAGUCGUCUGGAAGAUCAAACAGAGCUGCUGGGCGUCACGGCGACGAGAGGUGAGUCGUUACCAACCCCUGGAUAACGCCUGUACCGGAGUGGUCUGUUCUGCUGCAGUUACCUCAGGAAGUCUGGUUGCCAAGUUGAGGAUGCAUUAACGUCUUUUUGAAUUUCAAUAUUCAACGCGCGUGUAGAGAAGGGCGACAUAUACAAAAAUCCAUAUCGCGAUAAAUUGACUGAAUUAAUGCGAUAACAGUAAAUAGAACUAUACGUUUAAACAUUAAUUUGCAACGCUGUUUUUUAAAAAUUCUCCUUUAAACUACUACUACUAGUAGCAUUAUGGUAAAUCUCUGGGGUGGGGUAGGGUAGGGUGGGGUGGGGUAGGGUAGGGUAGGGCGUGGUGUGGGGCUGGGUGGUAUAGGGUGGUCUGGGGUGUGUGUGAGACAGACGGCUCACUUCCAGAUGGUUCUAUUUGAAACCACCUGGAAUAAUAUGAUUAAUAUUCUGAGUAUUUCUGUCUUGUGCAGGUUUCUAGAUGUUGGAAAUAUGUCUGUUCUAUUUAAAGCCUUACUGGGGUUGAGUCCCAAGUGACACCCUAUUCCCUAUGUAGUGCACUAUAUAUAUACUAUAUAUCCACUAUAUAUACUAUAUAUUCACUAUAUAUAUACUAUAUAUCCACUAUAUAUCCACUAUAUAUAUAUAUAUACUAUAUAUCCACUAUAUAUACUAUAUAUAUAUAUACUAUAUGUCCACUAUAUAUACUAUAUGUCCACUAUAUAUACUAUAUAUAUAUAUAUACUAUAUGUCCACUAUAAUAAUAUAUAUAUAUAUAUAUCUAUAUAUAUAUAUAUAUAUAUAUAUAUAUCUAUAUUAUAUAUAUAUAAUAUAUCAUACACCUAUAUAUACUAUAUGUCCCACUAUAAUGUCCACUAUAUCCACAUAUAUACUAUAUAUCCACUAUAUAUACUAUAUAUCCACUAUAUAUAUAUUCCACUAUAUAUACUAUAUAUCCACUAUAUAUACUAUAUGUCCACUAUAUAUACUAUAUGUCCACUAUAUAUACUAUAUAUCCACUAUAUAUACUAUAUGUCCACUAUAUAUACUAUAUAUCCACUAUAUAGGGAAUUCGGAUGCACAAUGUGUUUUUUGAGUGUGACAAAAUGUACUGUCCUCUCGUUCUUCCUCAACACUGACCUUCCUCCUCCUCCUCUUCCUCACAGCAACUACUCCGUGAGAUGCAGCAGAUGGCUAGCCGGCCGUUCGCCACCAUCAACGUUGCCUUGGAAACGGACGAGGAGCCGCCGGACCUGAUUGGUGGAAACGUGAAG